AUCCUGGCCGACGACAUGGGCUUGGGCAAGACCGUGCAGGUCAUUGCCUUCCUCUCGGGCAUGUUUGACAGCGAGCUCCUGCGGCAUGUCCUGCUGGUGGUGCCCACCACCCUGGUCAGCACCUGGCUGGCCGAGUUCGCUCGCUGGACCCCCGGCGUGCGCGUCAAGGAGUUCUAUGGCAGCAGCAAGACGGAGCGCACCAGGAACCUGGAGAAGGUCCGGAGGAAGAACGGCGUCGUCAUCACGACCUACCAGAUGCUCAUUAACAACUGGAAGCAGCUUGCCAGCAGCAACGAGCAGGAGUUUGUCUGGGACUACAUCAUUCUUGACGAAGCGCAUAAAAUCAAGUGCCCCUCUACCAAAACGACCAAGAGUGUAUAUACGAUUCCUGCAAAGCAUCGCCUCCUCCUCACGGGCACCCCAGUGCAGAACAACCUGCGGGAAAUGUGGUCCUUGUUUGACUUUGCCUGCCAGGGCGCUCUCCUGGGAACGGCCAAAACUUUUAGAAUGGAAUAUGAGAAUCCUAUUACUAGGGCAAGGGAGAAGGAUGCAACUCUAGGCGAGAAAGCACUGGGGCUAAAGAUAUCCGAGAAUCUAAUGACAAUUAUAAAGCCGUACUUCCUCAGAAGAACCAAAGAAGAUAUCAAAAACAAGCCUGACAAACCAGAUGCUCCUCUUCCUGAGGAUCCAAGUGAGAAUUGUGCUCCUGCCAUGCCAUGUCUCACUAGGAAAAAUGACUUUGUUGUGUGGGUGUACUUGGCGCCAGUGCAGGAAGAAAUCUACAGGAACUUUCUCUCUCUGGAUCAUGUGAAAGAAGUGCUGCUGACAACCCGAUCGCCUCUGGCUGAGCUGACUGUCUUGAAGAAGCUGUGUGACCACCCCAGGAUUCUGUCUGCAAGAGCAUGUGUCCAGCUGGGCUUGGAAGAACAGGAGUACUCUGAGGAGGAUCACGGGAGUGAAGCAGGUACGCUUUCAGGCGCUAGUAAAAUAGACCAUCUCUCUGAUAAGACUCUGAUUCAGGAGUCUGGAAAAAUGCUGUUCCUUGUAGGACUUCUAGAAAGACUGCGAGAGGAGGGACACCAAACCCUGGUAUUCUCACAGUCGAGGAAGAUGUUGGAUAUCAUAGAGCACGUCUUGUCUUGCAGACAAUUCAAGAUCAUGCGUAUUGACGGGACGGUAACCCACCUAACAGAACGGGAGAAGCGCGUGAACGCCUUUCAGAGGAACAAGCACUACUCUGUCUUCCUGCUCACUACGCAAGUUGGUGGCGUUGGUUUGACCUUAACAGCAGCUAGCCGAGUGGUGAUCUUUGACCCCAGCUGGAAUCCAGCUACAGAUGCUCAGGCUGUAGACAGAGCUUAUAGAAUCGGGCAAAAAGAGAACGUAGUAAUUUAUAGACUGAUUACCUGCGGUACAGUGGAAGAGAAAAUAUACAGGAGACAAGUAUUUAAGGAUUCAUUAAUAAGACAGACUACCGGUGACAAGAAGAACCCGUUUAGAUAUUUCUCCAAACAGGAACUAAGGGAGCUCUUCACAUUAGAAGAUACUCGAACAUCUGCAACUCAGAUCCAGCUGCAGUCUUUGCACGCCACCCAAAGAAAGACUGACCUGCAGCUGGACGAACACAUCGCCUAUUUGCACUCUCUGGAAAUGUUUGGCAUUUCUGAUCAUGACUUGAUGUAUACGAGGGAAAUAGCUCAUGAGGAGCAGGCGGAGAGUCAAGAGGCCCAGCAGUACAUCCAGCAGAGGGUACGGAAAGCCCACGAGCUGGUUCAGUUAGAGUCGCAGCUCAGAGACCAGAGGAUGGCGGGGAUCAGAAAUGCUUGUGAAGAGACGUGGCAAAGACCACCCGAAUUGGUUCCCCAGCCAAAGAAGUUGUCUCCAGGGCUGAACAACAUGGAUCGCUUUGUGUCACCACCAGUAGCUGAUAAACGUGAAAAUACCCAAGUUAUUGACCUCACAGAGGACCAGAAGGUCCAGGUUCUUAAUGUCAGCUCCAAAAUGACAAGUCUGACUAUCGGUGACUUGGACAAAGAGGAACUGGCACAAGAGGUCUCCAGUAUGGAUACAGAGCUGCUCAAUACCAGCAAGACAGUGAAACAAUCAGAUACAGAAGAAUCUGAGCAAAAUCUUGAAUCAAGCAUUAUACCAUCAUCACCUGGACUUUAUCCACUUGGUAAAGAGAGUGAAAGUCUCGAACAGAAACAGUGUUCCCAUGUAAGUUCAGAUAGCUUGACUGAGGCAGGGAAUGGCCUGUCUGGGCAUCGUCAGCAUUCCUUUAAUGAGUCUGGUAUCGAUGAUGAUUCCAAAAGGUUAAGAGAUGCAGAAAUGUCAGAUCAGGUACUUGACCCACAUACUGCCUUGGGGACAGAUAAUGACGUUCCUGAGCUAGCUUUGGCUGCCACGGUGCCAAAUUUAUCAAACAUUACACCAGAAAUCCAUGGUAGGCUCCAGAAAUCUCACGUGUUGGAAGCCAGCUUGGAGGAUAUGUCUGUGCCUUCUCUCCAGGAUCAAGUUGACUUCAAUCUGGUCCUGGAAGAGUCUGAAGAAGGAUGGCAGGAUGCCUCAAAUGGGGAAAGAUCACCGGAGCACCCAGAAAAGGAGGGCUUCCAGCUAGAAGCAGAAAGCUUUUGUAAGUCUCCAACAAAAAAAUCUCCAACUAAACCUUGUCUAAGCGAGCACAGUAACUGUGGAAAACCCUGUCACACAGCUGAAGAAGAGCCAUGUAACUCCCUGCAAGAGAGUGAAGCAUCAGAGGAAAGCAGUGGUGUCUUUGAUUUUGGUAGAAAGAAAAACGUAAGAAGGAUAGUUUCAGACAGUGAGGAUGAAGACCAUUCCAUCAUGAUUUUGGAGGAAAACCAGUCUGAAAAAAGGCCCUCUUCCCUAAACAGCCCUCUGCAUCAAUUUCUGGAAGGAUUUAGCGCAUCCACUCCUAAAUGUGAGAGAAGUGUAGCAACAACCAUCUUUUCUCCCCAACUAACUAACACUAGUAACAGGUCUACUGCUUCCAGGCGAUCUCUAAUCAACAAGGUUGUAGACGAGGUUGAGGAUAUUGGAGAAAUCAUGGGAAGCACUGGUGAUGAUGAAGAUGAUGAUGACAGCAAUGAGGAACAGGAUGACCUUGUGGAAGAAGAAGCUGAGGAGUGCAGCGGGGAGUCUGCUGAGCCUGAAGAAGAACCUGCUGGAGAAACACUUGAUACAGAUGAAGAAUCCUUCCAUCUGGAGAGUAUGGCCUCUGAGCAGUCGGAAGCAGAUGAACAGGAGGAAUCCAGUGGUGAUGCUGAGCUUCCAUCAGGUGAGCAAAUAGACUACUUCACCCAGGAAGGCGCCUCUGAAAAAGAGGUUGGUCAGAGUUCCUCUGCUGCUGUAAGCGAUUACAAUACGUUGGUGGGCAGAGGGAAGAAACUUAAGGAUGAUGGAAAGCUACAGGAGGCGUUGAACUGUUUCCUGCAAGCUCUUGACAUAAAACAUGGAGAUCCUGAAGUCAUGCUUAUGACUUUAAACUUAUAUAGAGAGCUAGCCCAGAAAUGAAAUAUGUGUACCUUUAUUAAGAGCAGUCUUACUUUUUCUCAUUAAAUGUUUGUCUGAACUACAUCACUGUAACUUUUUGACCUAGCUUAAGGCUGACGGAUACAAUAUACACUUCUUUCAGGGUGACUGAGCAAAUUCAGCAUCUCCUCCUGCGUGAGGGAACAGUCUGAGAAUCUAGUUGUCAGGUGGUGGGGAAGGGACCUCACUGUGGACUCAGUUCACAAAGAUGGAAACAGUUCAUGCUGCUGUUUGAUUUGUUAAUAAAAAAAGUUGUGUUUAUGUCUAACCCCCUCUCCAAGCUUGCAGCCCUGGCUUCAUCUUUCUGCUCUUUGGAUCCUGUGGCUGCCUCUCCCCUGAGAGGACGCUGAGGGUGCGCUUCCAGGGCAGCUUCACGCAGUCUAAGCUCAAGCUGCUGUAGUUCCUCCCUCCUUGCCUUGAAAUAAGCUGAUGUGGCUCCUGAAUGUCACCCACCCUUUGGGUGAGCCGCAGGUGGGUGCAAAGGAGAGAGCAGAACUACUGCAACCUGGUUUUAAGUUGGUCUGAGAGCGCAUUUGCUGUGGAGAAGGGGAGCUCCUCCAAGCAAUGGAGGCCAGCUCACCAUCUGCCCGGGGCCGGGUCCAACACGGAGCGCGGUACUGCAGAAACCCUUCUGCUCCAGCCCCUGCCAGAUGGGGGUUGCUGCAGAAGGGGUGUGCAGGUGUGGGGCUGUGGAGGAGCGUAACAGCAAUUAGACCUUGACUGUGUCAAGGGGCUGAACACCUCAAACUUUUUGAUAUCACUGGAGGAAUCAAGGGCUUCAAAGGAGUCUCUAACCUGACUUUGUGGCCGCUCCCCCUUUAUUUCCAGUAGGUUGACCCCAGCUGGAUGCCCGGUGCCCACCAAAGCUGCUCGAUCACUCCCCUGCUCAGCUGGAGAAGGGAGAGAAAAUACAACAAAAGGCUCCAGAUUUGAGAUAAGGAUGGAGCGAUCACUCAGCAGUUACAGUCAUGGUCAAAACAGACUUGAGGCUUGGGGAAAAAUUAAUUUAAUUUAUUACCAAUCAAAUCAGAGGAGGAUAAUGAGAAAUAAAACCUAAAUCUUAAAACACCUUCCCCCCACUCCUCCUUUCUUCCUGGGCUCAACUUCACUCCCAAUUUUCCUUACCUCCUCCCCCCAAGCCA